UUAUUACGUCUUUGAAUCUCGGCAGUAAAACAAGUGGAACAAAUUAUUCAUCCUGCGAAAAGUAACGAAAACAUGUAAAUUUGCACCUGAAAGCGGCAGAAAAGUAGUGUCCCCGUCUCAAUCUUCAGCGGAAGAUUGUAAAUUGCACCGCCCAAGAUGUUGCAGUUCCUGAAAAAGUCUGCUGUGCGGAAAAAAUCCGGCAGCAGUUUGGCGCAGGAGGAAAAUGUAAACAACAAAUCAUCAUCGACGACGGCCGAUGAUGUCAUUGGUAGUGCAAAUGGCUGUGGACCGGUAAGCGAUGAGGAAGCAUUGCUAGAAGCAGAAUGCUACUGGUUGGAAAGGUGGAAAAAUUUGCCGGAGGUGAGGUCUCGGUUGUCCCGGCAAUUGUUGGACAUUCUGGCCGAGCAGAGCUGUAUAUGCUACUUUGUACAGUUUUUGGAAACGAAGAAUGCCCUUCCGUUCGUCAAGUUCUGGUUGGACGUGGAGAGUUUUAAGGCAGCUGCAGUGGAAAGCGCAAGAUUGGAAGGACGGAAUGGGAUUUGUAAAACGGGUGCACAUCAGGGUUUGCAGAGGAGUGUUUCCUCGGAUGGGUACGAUAGUUUGUCUUAUUUGAGUGUGGAUUGCGAUUCGAUUUCUACCUUUUCGGAUAAUGCUUUCGAUGAUGGAGGAACGACAACGGAUGACGGAGAUCCGGGUUGUCGAACGUCGCGAAGCUGCACUCCGGUGCCUGGCCCUCCUUUGGAAGUCGUUAUAGAAGAAGAGAAGAAGCCAGAUCAUCCACUGGAAGACGACCGGAAGCAGAUGAUGGAUGCCUGUGAUCUGACAAUGCGUCAAUCGCUGACUGACGACGAAAAGACACAGAUUUGCGAAUCGAACAAGCUGAAGGAACAGCCAGCACUAACCAGGGAGAACGGAUUCAACUCACUGGUCAACUCGGACGCCGUUCGAAUAUAUAGGAAGUAUUUGGUCAGCAAUUCACUGUGCCACAUAGAAGUGCCUGCGACGAUUCUGUCCAAUAUUUCGUUGGCACUUUGCGGGGGAAGCUGCAGCGAACGUAUCUUCGACGAUGUACAACAGUAUUUGCUGGAAGUGAUGGAGAAAAAUUACCUGAAUGCAUUUUUGGAAAGCAGCUUCUACUGUAAAUAUACCUUCGAGGUGCUGUCAAGUGAUAGCCUCAACCUCAAGGACAUACUCUGCAGCGAGAUGGCUCUGUUCUACUUCAUGGAAUACCUGGAACAGAAAGAAAAACGACACAUUCUGGAGUUUUGCGUAUCGGCUAGCCACUUUCGCAAGAGCGCCGAAAAUAGCCAAGCUCAAGCUGACGCCGUGGUGCUGUAUGAAAAGUAUUUCUCGUUACAAGCGACCUGUCCACUGAACGUUAGUGAUAAAAUUCGAUUUCUUGUCGAAGAGGGAAUCUGCUCGCCGGACACGAGUUCCAUCAAAAACUGUUUCGAGUUGCCUUCGAGAAUAAUUGAACGGUUCCUGGAGAGGCGGUACUUUCAAGGCUUCUUGAAAUCACAACUCUACACACAAUACCUAUCAGAGCUACUGGGUAAGAUCAAAACCACCCCAGCCGGAGAAUCCACCGCAAGUAGUUUGGGAAUUCUGGCGGGACGAAAGCAAAUCUUUUUCGCCGACCGCAACCGAGCGAACAAUCAACGACGUGGCCAUCGGAAAACGUUCUCGGACGUGACGAGUGAAAGCACCGGUAGGGCAAACCACUUCAUUUCCUCUCAAAACACGCUGCUGGCGAUGUCCGAUACGAGCUUUCAUCGCAAGCGAACGAAUACGGUUGGGGCCGCCACCGGCAGCGACAUAAUGCAAAUCGAUUCACGUCAACUGUACAAUCCGGACUUGCUGUGGAGAAGAAAUUCGGUAGCUGGGCUGACGUUCGGCCGAGUGGAUGCCCUGGGGCGGUACGAGCGAGAUUUCGACAUCGUUGAACCCCCGCAGGAUGACGACCGCUGGAGCAAGAAUCGACUGAAGAAGGCGAUGCGAAAGUUGGUAAAUUUACAGGAGGACAAAGCGCAGGAGGAACUGGCUUGGCAGGUGGCGGAGAUGAUUGUAAAGGACAUCACUAGUGUCACGAUGAGCGGCAGCGAGGGAAGCCAAACGUGAUUGUGGAGCAGGCUCUCUUUCUUUUUUUGUCCAAUUUGCGAGUAUUUCGAAUCGUACGUAUUUUAGUCCCUACCUUUACCCACACAUAUGUACUAGUUGUAUCGUUUGUAUUGAAAUUUGUUUUAGAACGAGUCUGUUUUGUUUUUUCAAAGAUCUAUAUAGUAUAAGUAUAAGUUCUUUCUUGAUUUUUUGAAGAUUUUAUCUCUUUGUUUUCUCUCUAAGAUGGUUUUCAUAUUAUAUUAAUUUAUCAUUCGAGCUAACGUACAAUUAAAAGAUAAAAGACAAUUUAUGGAACUUUUCGAGAGGAACCGGUAGGAUUGAUUAAACAAACAACCGUCCCCAUCCUCUUAAACUCACUCUCUCUCUCUACUUAUAACCCUUAUAUAGAAAACACAUCUGAAACUUUAUGGUGCUUGAUAACAUUCGGAAACAGAAAUGAUUAGACUAUAGUUGGUAGUUCAUACUCUGCUUCAUCAUUGAGCAAGAAUAACCCUUUAUAUAGGUACCUAUGUAUGUUUUUGUUCUUGUCCGCAAACCAAUAAUAAGUUUCGUAAGUUAUCGAACUUUUUUUUUUAAUCCUAAAAUCAAAACGAAAUAGAAUGGAAUAUGAAUGAGCUAAAUUGAGUUGAAAAAUGCGUGCCAAUCUGCGGGUGAUUUUCGUACUGAUUUAUAUGGAAAGAGCAUGAACAAAGUCAUCCGGAUUUUAUUUCGGGAGUGCAAAAUUUCUAGUGAAAACGGAAGAAUUAGGAAAUGGUACAGCAAAAGGUGGUCACACCGAGGUGUUACUAAUUAAUGUAGACUGGCAGAGGAGGAAUGUUCGCCUGAACGAAAUCA